UUUCAUCCUGUGAAAGCAUAUCCCUCUCCCAUACAUUUAGCCAGCUAGCCAUAGGUGAUGUCCGACGUCAGUGUCAAUGACAUUGAGACAUAAAAAGACGGUGAGCUGAGACUGUUUCAGUCCAGAAAAAAAAGUGAUACUCAGCACAGUAGUUUUUCCCAGAAGGGCUGAUCCUGCUGAGCUGAAGUCUAUUUUUUUAAAGUAUGCAAGCAUUCAGAAAAAUGAAGAGCACUUCAUGUCUCCAGAGGACUUUGUGUCUAGGUUUCUCUACGUGCACACAGGCGUCAGGCUGUCCCAGGAGGCUGUGGUCUUGCUGGCAGGUGUUGUUGAUCAGACGAAAGAUGGGUUGAUUUCCUUCCAGGAGUUUCUUGCGUUUGAAUCUGUGUUAUGUUCUCCGGAUGCGCUCUUCAUGGUCGCUUUCCAGCUGUUUGAUAAAACCGGAAAUGGAGUGGCAACAUUCGAUGAUGUGAAGCAGGUUUUUGGCCAGACCACGAUUCAUCAGCACAUUCCUUUUAACUGGGACUCGGAGUUCAUGCAGCUGCACUUUGGCAAGGAGCGAAAGAAGCACCUCUCUUAUGGAGAGUUCACACAGUUCCUACUGGAAAUGCAACUGGAGCAUGCGAGACAGGCUUUCAUCCAGAGGGACAAGGCCCGGACUGGCACUAUCACUGCCCUGGACUUCCGGGACAUCAUGGUCACCAUCCGGCCACACAUGCUGACGCCGUUCGUCGAGGAGUCCUUGGUCGCUGUGGCUGGUGGUGGUACGUCCCACCAGGUCAGUUUCUCCUACUUUAACGGCUUUAAUUCUCUAUUAAACAACAUGGAGCUCAUAAAGAAGAUCUACACUACUCUGGCCGGGAGUCGAAAAGACAUCGAAGUCACUAAAGAGGAGUUCAUCAUAGCGGCGCAGAGAUUUGGUCAGGUGACUCCCAUGGAGGUGGACAUCCUGUUUCACCUGGCUGACCUGUCUGAGCCCCGGGGGCGUGUGGGCUUGGUCGACAUAGAGAGAAUCGCCCCGUUGGAGGAGGGGUCUCUUCCGUACAACCUCGCUGAGAAACAGCAGUCCAGCGGCGACCCGUCUCGCUCCAUUCUCAUCCAGGCUGCGGAGUCGGCCUACAGGUUCUCCUUGGGCUCGGUCGCUGGAGCUGUGGGGGCCACAGCGGUGUACCCCAUCGACCUGGUAAAAACCCGCAUGCAGAACCAGCGGACGUCGGGAUCGUUCAUCGGAGAGCUCAUGUACAAGAACAGCUUCGACUGCUUCAAGAAGGUGGUCCGCUACGAAGGGUUCUUCGGGCUCUACAGAGGUCUGUUACCGCAGCUUCUGGGUGUGGCUCCAGAGAAGGCCAUAAAGCUUACAAUGAAUGACUUUGUCCGUGGAAAAACCAUCCGGAAAGAUGGAACAAUCCCUCUUCCCGCUGAAAUUCUUGCUGGUGCAUGCGCUGGAGGCUCCCAGGUGAUAUUCACCAACCCCCUGGAGAUUGUGAAGAUCCGCCUGCAGGUUGCCGGGGAGAUCACCACGGGCCCUCGGGUCAGCGCGCUGUCCGUCAUGCGCGAGCUGGGCUUCUUCGGCCUCUACAAGGGUGCGAAGGCCUGCUUCCUGCGUGACAUCCCCUUCUCUGCCAUCUACUUCCCCUGCUACGCGCACUUGAAGGCGGCCCUGGCGGACGAGGACGGUGGAGUGGGGCCGGCGAGCCUGCUGCUCGCGGGAGCCAUAGCGGGCAUGCCCGCGGCCUCUCUGGUGACCCCUGCUGAUGUCAUCAAGACCCGUCUGCAAGUGGCGGCUCGCGCCGGGCAGACCACAUACAACGGGCUUCUUGACUGCUUCUGGAAAAUUCUGAGGGAAGAAGGGCCUCGAGCUUUCUGGAAAGGAGCUGGAGCCCGAGUGUUCCGUUCGUCGCCUCAGUUUGGAGUCACGCUGGUGACCUAUGAGCUCCUCCAGAGAUGGUUCUACGUGGACUUUGGAGGAAAAAAACCGGUUGGCGCAGAACCCACCCUGAAAUCUGGAAUCAGCCUGCCGGCGCCCGACCCAGACCAUAUCGGGGGCUUCAGGUUGGCGGUGGCCACGUUUGCGGGAAUCGAGAGUAAAUUUGGACUCCACCUUCCACGAUUCAGGGUGCCACCACCUCCCUCUGUGGAUCAUCCCUGAGCUCCCGGACAGGACACACACACCCCUCACACACACACACACACACACACACACACACACACACACACACACACACACACCUCUCACAUACACACACACACACACACACCCCUUACAUACACACACACACCCGACCCUCACACACGCACACACCCGACCCUCACACACGCACACACAAACGCACACACACCCCUUACAUACACACACACACCCCACCCUCACACACACACACACACACACAUACACACACACACACACACACACACCUCUCUCACACACACACACACACACACACACACACAUACCCCUUACACAUACACACACACCCCUCACAUACACACACGCACACACACCCCUCACAAACACACACACACACACACACCCCUCACAGACACACAUACACACACACACCCCUCACACACACACACACACACACAUACCCCGCACGCACACACACACACACACACCCCUCACACACACACACACACACACACACACACACACAUACCCCGCACACACACACCCCUCACACACACACACACACACACACACACACACACACACAUAUAUAUACCCCUCACACACAUACACACACACACACACACACAGAACACAAUGACACAGACACAACGACUCACACCCCACAAACACACCCAUGCACACAUGCUCACAGACAUACACCCCACAAACACACCCAUGCACACAUGCUCACAGACAUACACCCCACAAACACACACAUAUACACACAUGCCCUCCAACACACACACACCUGCUCUGUGCCUCUUCUCAGCUCCUCCUGUGUGAGCAGAAGUGUUUCCUGUGGAGUGGCUAUAGAGAAUAGCUUACUAAUGAAACCACAUCAUGACUGGUAGAAUACCCUUAAAAACAUUUUAGUACUGUUGAUCUGAUUUUCAGUAUUUAACAUCAUAUUACUGUAACGUUAUUCCUGCAAAAGAGCUGGUAUGUUAGCAGUGUAAAUAGUAUCCUGAGUACUGUGAAUUGUCUCUUGUUAGUGAGAUUUUGAAUUGUGUGGUUUCAUAUGACCGUGUUAUUUUCUCAUCUCAAAUAUUUUCUCGGAAGAAGAGGUUUUUCCAUCCACACGAAUUAUAACUUGGCUAAUGGGUUGAUUAUUAUUGCUAAUAAACAACCCAGCCAGCAAAAAUCAAUUUUCUGUUUUAUGUAGGUCACUAGGUUUAGCAAAAGUUACUAUAUGUUCAAACAGAUGCAAUUGAGUGUAAAUCAUAUAUGGAGUUACUGACAUUAGUCCGCAUCAGUUGUUUCAAAAACCGUUGUAAUGUCAACAGGGAAAUGCAACUCAGCAGAAUUUGUGAUAAAAAGGCACAGGCACUUAGAGAAGGAAGUACUGUGAUCACAGAAUAAAAACACUGCUUCAUAACAACAACAUGCAGCUGUUCCUUCAUUUUGGAAGCAUUUUAAUUGUUGCAAAAUUAUUUAAUUGAGUCUUUAAAGAAGUGUUAUCAUGAAGCAAUUGAAUGUAGCACUUGAAUGUAAUUUAAUUUUUAUUAUUUAUAGAAUUUUAAAGUAGUAAUGUGUGACUGAUUAUUUAGAUUCUUAUUUUAUUUUUAGAAUGAAAAUUGGAAAGUGGUAACUUUGGAAAGUGGAAAUCAUUAAUCAGUGUGAAUUUUAUUCCCAAAUUUUAUUUUAUUUUGUUUUGUAAAGCAGUGAUUCAUUAGAAUGUGCAUGGUUUGUCAUAUUUGUGCCUGAGGAUAUGUAUGGCAGCAAUAUGUGUACCAGUACAAGAUAGUAAUAAUGUACUGUUAUACUUACAUGUAUACAAAUACAUGUACUAAUACUCUCCCCACAACCCUAUUUUUGAAAGCCCUGUUAGGUCACACAUUGUAGACAAGUGGAUCAUGUUUGCCCCUAGUCAACAGACGUUGUGGGAGCAAAAUGUAUUUUCUAAAAUUGUUAACAAAGCACAGCUAAUGCUCAUAAUUUUCGGUUUUAUUAUGACCAAUCCUACUUUUGAGCACUUACUACAAAUUAAAUGUAUUUUCUGAAAAUGGUUUAUUACAGCAAAGCCAAACUCCGUCUGCUAGUGAACCCCUUCACGCAUAGAGGGGUUAAGAGGUGAGCGAUACUGAGACUUGAAAAAUGGCUUAAAUGAAGCAAGACACUUUUACAAUACUACAAUACUAACGUUAUUCUCUUCAUGCUGAGAGUCUCAAACAGGUAGGAUAUGAAUGUACUGUAUACAUUUCCUGAAUCAUAAACUGCUUGACAGGUGUGCAACAUCUGAGGGUGAUACUCAGAACUAAUAAAUAUCUCUGAACCAAAAUGUAAACAGUGUACACUGGUGUCCCUUAGUGUCUCCAGAUCUAUCCAAAUGGCUAAACUAUGCAUUGCUGUAAAUCAGAAAAUAAACAUAUUUUAUUACAAA